AUGGUUCUCGCACGUUGGGAAGAGCUUGCAAAAUCUGCAAGAGAUUUUCGAGACGAGACCCUGAGCAAGGUCGAUCCACCAUUCGAUCCUCUCCCAGAUCCUCUGCCAUUGUCGUCUCAAGAAUUGCCCAAGAAGUACCUGACUCCGAGAGAAUAUGAGCUUACUCAGGACUAUGAUGCUAUUGAACUCCUCGAGAUGCUGCGUGCUAAGAGAGUCACUUCUGAGGAAUUGACUCGAGCGUUUCUACGCCGAGCAGCACUUGCACAAUAUGCCGUCAAUUGUGUUACGGAGCUAAUGUGGGAUGAGGCAAUUGAGCGUGCCAAAUAUCUUGACUCGCUUCCUGAACCCAUUGGUCCGCUUCAUGGGCUUCCAAUUUCAAUUAAAGAACACCACGGGCUCAGGGGGAAAACCUGUCACGCCUCGUACGUCGCUUGGGUUGGCGGCGAUUCGCUCCCUAAUUCGCUAAACGACUAUUUAUACAACGCUGGUUGUGUUUGGUAUGUUCGAACAACGGGGCCACAGACGCUGAUGUCGCUCGAAUGCAACAAUAACAUAUACGGUCGGACGGUCAACCCUUGGAACCGAAACCUGACUUGCGGUGGGAGCAGUGGCGGUGAAGGCGCGCUCGUAGGCUUUCGAGGAAGCAUCUGGGGCCUUGGCGGAGACAUUGGAGGAUCAGUUCGUGCGCCAGCAAGCGAUAACGGCAUAUAUGGGUUUAAACCAACGUCUAGGCGACUCUCAUUGCAGGGUAUGAAAGCCGCCAAUAACGGCAGGGAGUCUGUCAUAGCCACCCCAGGUCCUCUCGCUCAAUCUCGAGAAACCAUUAACCUGUUCAUGAAAGUCAUCCUGGAUAAUGAACCCUGGCGCCAUGAUCCUUGGCUGACAGUCAAGCCAUGGACGCCUGUCACGUUGACAAAACCGCUCAAGAUAGCCAUCGAAUGGUCUGACGGCGUUGUCAAGCCACAUCCCCCGACAAUGAGAGCAAUGAAGAUGGUCGCUGAUGCCUGCAAGACAGCGGGGAUGGAGGUAGUGGACUGGGAGCCGUAUCAUCACGAAAGGGCUUGGGAUAUUGUAUCCCGGCUGUACUUCCCAGACGGCGGCGAGGACACCUUGGCUCCGAUCAAGGAAUCCGGAGAGCCGAUUCUCCCCCUCACCAAAUUUAUCAUCCAUGAGCAGGCUGGGGUGAAGAAACUUGAUAUUCACGAGUACUGGCAUCUCUGUUCCGAGCGAGAUGCCUAUCGUAAGGAAUACGCCGAACACUGGAACAAGACGGCAGAGCCUGGUCAAGAAGUCGACGUCAUUCUAGCCCCUGUAACCCCUGGAGCCGCUCCUCUUCAUGACACGGCACGAUACUGGCCAUACACGAGCCAAUGGAACCUGCUUGACUAUCCUGCCGUCGUCUUUCCGGUGACUAGUGUCGAUGUCGACAAGGACAAGAAGGAAGAAGGUUACACGCCCAUGAACGAGCAGGACAAGUACAACUACGAGCUGUACGAUCCAGAGAAGUGGGUUGGAGCUCCGGUCAGCUUGUGCAUCGUUGGAAGAAGACAGAUGGACGAAAAGGUCAUGGCAGCGCUGGAGGCGGUUGAGAAGGCAAUGGGCCGCAAGUAG